GUGUUGGUAUUAUUUCUUGGAGUUUAUUUUUACUCAAUCCAUAGGACUCUAUGAACCACUACUAAACUUUAGUUUGAGCAAUGAUUCUGCUGAUUUGAUCAACUUAUCGGUUAUUUCAGCUUUAAAAAUAUGCCUCUUUGUGGAAUUUGCAUAUAUAAAUUGAAUAUUUGUUAAUUCAAGCCCUAAUUUCAAAUUUCAUGUGAUUACCAAUUCAACCUGGGAUUAUUAUUCUUUAAUUACGAUCUGAUUUGAGAUUGUGGUAGAUCAUCAGAAAUUGUAUUUCUUUUCCUUUAAUGUGUUUUGUCUGGUGGCUUUUGUUUGCUCCUAUUUUUUUUCUGAAUGACAUUCAGAGAUGUCACCUCAAACUCCUGAUUCAUCCGAUCAAGACAAAGAACCAUUUGUUGAAGUUGAUCCAUCUGGACGGUUUGGCCGGUACAGCGAUCUGCUUGGUGCUGGUGCCGUCAAGAAGGUUUAUAGGGGAUUUGAUCAGCGUGAAGGAAGAGAUGUUGCAUGGAAUCAGGUUCGGUUAGGGAAGUUCAGUGAUGAUCCUUCUGUCAUCAAGAGGCUUCAGUCGGAGAUUGCAUUGCUGAAGUCGUUGAAGAAUGAUUACAUUAUUGUUCUCUACAGUUUUUGGAAGGACAAUGAGCGCAACACAUUGAAUUUCAUUACUGAAGCAUGCACUUCAGGGAAUCUGAGAGAUUACAGGAAGAAGCAUCGCCAUGUGUCAAUGAAGGCCAUGAAGAAGUGGUCAAGACAGAUACUUAAGGGCUUGGAUUAUCUCCAUACCCAUGAUCCUUGCGUCAUUCAUAGAGAUCUUAAUUGCAGUAACAUUUUCAUCAACGGAAACAUCGGAAAGGAACUAAAUGACAUCUUAUCUGUAGGUCAAGAUUGGUGAUCUGGGCUUGGCAACAAUAGUAGGGAGGAGCCAUCAUGCUCAUUCGUUAAUAGGGACGCCCGAGUAUAUGGCACCAGAACUGUACGAGGAGGAUUACACAGAGUUAGUGGACA